CACACACAUUUAUUCUGCAGUCAGCGUGUGUUCUACAUCUCUCUCUCUCCCUCUCUUUCUCUCUGCUGCUUUCUCUCUAUUGGAUCUCUGAGACUCACCUGAAGCCAUGAAAACUGGUAUCUGUGUGUGUGUGCUGCUGGCAGCAUUCUCCACCAGCAGUUGCCUUGCUCUCCCCACACACUCACAGGACGACAGUCAGUCUGAACGCGGCACUGUAGCCGGACACACACGACACACCCGCGCAGCGUCCUCCAGUGGACAAUUUAGCCUGCUGUCCAAACCAGAGGACAGUGAAGACCCCCGCAGCAGCCUGACUGAAUUACUGGCCAGAAUCAUCUCUGCCAAAGGUGCAUACCGCAGAAGUCCAUCUCUCAAUAGCAGGUCUACGGGCACUUCUCACAGAAUAAAGGACAGAGAUUACCUGGGCUGGAUGGACUUUGGCCGACGAAGCGCAGAGGAGUAUGAAUACUCCUCAUAAGACCUAUUCAACCAAUCACAUCAAUCAAUCAGUCAACAUGAUUAGCCAAUCAUCUGUACAGAGACACCCAUAUUAAUGAUCUCACCUGUCAAUCAAUCAGUCUGCAAGCUCUAUCACAAACCACCUAGGUCUGAUGUAAAUUUGUUUGUAUAAUGGAAAGAAUGCAAUAUAUGAAUAAAUGUAUCCAACUAUACAUAUUUAUUUUGCAGAAAAAUGAGUGAGAAUGUAGUCUCUACUGCCGUUAUUCUCAUAACCCAUGUAUAUAUGAUUUUGUCCUCAACUUUAGACAUAUCAUAUGUGUCUAAGAAUAAAUCAUUGC